UCUUGAUGUGGCAGGCCAUGCUGGUCAUGCAUGGAGCAAUGAAUCUCUCUCUCUUCCCUCCACCGUCCACCGUCAAGCUCUCUCCUUCCCGCCAAAACCUUCCCCCCUCGCCCCUCGACGGCCGCCGCCUCGUCGCCCGCCUCGACGGCGGCGACCUCCGCGGAGCAAUCACGCGCCUCGAGCUCGCGUCCCGCGACGGGUCCCACCCCGACGUCCUCACCUUCUCUCUCCUCCUCAAGUCAUGCAUCCGCUCCCGCGCGUUCGCGCUGGGGAGGCGCGUCCACCGCGCGCUCGCCCGGUCCGGGCUCGAGCCCGACUCGGUGAUCCUCAACUCGCUCAUCAGUCUCUACUCGAAAUCCAACGACUGGGCUGAGGCGGAGAGGGUUUUUGGGGACAUGGGCGAUAAGAGGGACUUGGUUUCUUGGAGUUCCAUGAUCUCCUGCUAUGCCAAUAAUCACAUGGAGUUUGAAGCGGUGGAUACGUUCGUUCAUAUGCUCGAGGAUGGGUUCCCUAAUGAUUAUUGUUUCGCGGCGGUUGCUCGGGCUUGCUCGGUCCCGGAGAGUGCAUCUAUUGGCGAUACGGUUUUCGGGUUUAUUAUCAAAAGCGGCUAUCUUGAUUCUGAUGUGUGUGUUGGGUGUGCAUUGAUUGACAUGUUUGCAAAGGGUAGUGCUGAUUUGGUUUCAGCUCGUAAGGUGUUUGAGAAAAUGCCCGAGAGGAAUGUGGUUGCUUGGACUUUGAUGAUGACGAGAUGUACUCAGUUGGGUAGUCCAAAGAAAGCUGUUGAUUUGUUUUUGGAUAUGCUGGUGAGUGGGCCUGUGCCAGAUAGAUUUACACUCACGGCUGUUUUGUCUGUAUGUUCAGAGUUGGAGUUACUAUCGCUCGGGGUACAAUUGCAUUCCUGGGUUAUACGGUCUGGAUUGGCUUCGGAUGUCUGUGUUGGAUGCAGUUUGGUGGACAUGUAUGUCAAGUCUGUAGAUGGUGGAUCGCUUCAUGAUUCGAGAAAGGUGUUUGAUCGGAUGCAAGAUCACAAUGUGAUGUCUUGGACAGCGAUAAUCACAGGAUAUGCACGGGCUGAAGAGAAUGAGGAGGCUAUCAAGCUCUUUUGGGAAAUGACAAAAGGUCCUGUGAGGCCAAACCAUUUCACAUUUGCUGGUGUUCUCAAGGCAUGUGGAAAUAUUCGUGAUGUAGAUAUGGGGAUACAAAUAUACGCACUAGCUAUAAAAUUGGGCUUUGCCUGUGAUACUUGCGUGGGUAAUUCUCUUGUCAGCAUGUAUUCCCGGUCGGGCCACAUGGAAGAUGCUCAGAGAGCUUUUGAUGCGCUAUUUGAAAAGAAUCUGGUUUCUUAUAAUACCCUUGUAGAUGCCUAUGCCAAAAGUUUGGAGUCCGAUGAAGCCUUUGAACUACUACAUGAGAUUGAGGAGAGAGGGAUCGGAACAAGUGCUUUUACAUUUGCCAGCCUUUUGAGUGGAGUUGCCAGUGUUGGCGCUAUUGGUAAGGGGGAGCAAAUCCAUGCGAGGAUGGUAAAAUCAGGGCUUGAUUCAAAUCAGUGCAUUUCUAAUGCUUUGAUCUCUAUGUAUUCCAGGUGUGGAAACAUAGAAGCUGCUUUUCGAGUUUUCAGUGAGACAAGAGAGAAAAAUGUCAUAACUUGGACUUCAAUGAUUACUGGUUUUGCAAAGCAUGGAUUUGGGACGAGAGCUCUAGACACAUUCCAUCAAAUGCUUGAUGCUGGUGUGAGGCCAAAUGAGAUCACCUAUGUUGCUGUUUUAUCCUCUUGUAGUCAUGUGGGUUUGAUAUCUGAUGGAUGGAAACACUUUAGGUCAAUGUACCCAGAACAUGGAAUCGUGCCUAGAACCGAACACUAUGCAUGUAUGGUGGACUUAUUGGGCAGAUCAGGAUCCCUUGUCGAAGCCCUUCAGUUUAUAAAUUCAAUGCCUUUCCGGGCUGAUACACUUGUCUGGCGUACAUUUCUCGGAGCUUGCCGAGUUCAUGGCAAUGUUGAACUUGCAAAACAAGCUGCAGCAAUGAUUUUGAAAGAACCAGAUGACCCUGCGACUUAUAUUUUGCUAUCAAAUAUUUAUGCCUUGGCUGGUCUAUGGGAAGAUGCUGCAGCAAUCAGAAAGAAGAUGAAACUGAAAAAUCUUACAAAAGAAGCUGGUUGUAGCUGGAUUGAAGUGAAAAAUACAGUUCACAAGUUCUAUGUGGGUGAUGCUUCACAUCCGAAGGCACGGGAGAUCUAUGAGGAACUGGACCGAUUGGCUAGUCGAAUAAAGAAACUGGGUUAUGCGAAUACUCAAUUUGUUCUUCAUGAUGUGGAGGAGGGACAAAAGGAACAAUAUUUGCUCCAACACAGUGAGAAAAUUGCUGUUGUUUUUGGCCUUAUAAGCACCUCCAGUCCGAAAUCUAUUAGGGUAUUUAAGAAUCUUCGCAUUUGUGGAGAUUGUCAUUCUGCGAUCAAAUAUAUCUCCAUGGCAACUGGAAGACCUAUAGUCGUAAGGGAUGCAAACAGGUUCCACCAUUUUAUGGAUGGAACAUGCUCAUGCAAUGACUAUUGGUGAAGAUGCUUGCUUGACCCAUUGACCGAGUAUGCUGGGCUGAUAUUGCUUCGAAAGAUGAAAGACUCCAAAUUCACACCAGAUAUUGUGUCAUACACUAUUCUAAUAUAAGGCAUGUGUAACUCCGGGAAGCUUGACGAUGCUAUCGAGCUGUUUAAUUGUUUGCAUGCUUGAGGCUGGAACCUGACGUGUGGAUGUAUAGCUCUGUCAUGUGUAGAUUGUGCGAAGGAGGAUGUGCAGAGGAGGCGUAUCAGCUGCUGAAGGAGAUGGAAAGUAUUGGAUGCUUUCCAGAUGGUGUCUCUCUUAACAUCAUAAUCCAAGGACUACUAAGAAAUAAGGAAGACAUGAAAGCAGCAUAAGCUGUUGGUGAAGUGGUUGAAAGGGGUUUUCUGCAAGUAUGGCAACGAUGGAGUUGUUGGUUAAAUAUCUGGUGACAAACGGAACUUUUUCCUUUUCUGGUUGAGCUAUCCAUUUUUUCUGAGGUCUGUCCACUCUUUCCAUAUGAAAAGUGAUGAAGAGUAAACUCGAUUGAGGGCAAGUUUUACUCCACAAAUCAUCUCAUUGAGUCCCAUGCCCAUUAAUGGAGUUGUUUUAAGUCUGGGUGAUCUUCUCUUGCUUUAUUAUGAGGAUUUUAGGAGGGUUUUGUUUCUCGUGUAUUCUAAGUUAUGCAAGAAAUCUCUGUUCAUA